AUGCAACCACUUUCUCAGUCGCAGUCUCAGACUCCAACACCGACUCAACUGCAUCCUGGUCGUCCGUUGGCUUCUCCCCGCCUACAACAUGUCGCAGGCGAGAUCCCCCCGGCCCUCUCUCCCCUCGAUGCCUUCGCAGCCCAGGGCCGUCUGCUGGCGAAACAAUUCGACGAGUCUCGCAAGGCCGGACGAAGGCUAAGUCGGCUGCCGCCGGCCAGCGUCGAACGGUCUCUCUCUCAGCCUAGGGGAGGGUAUAAUCGAACACUAUCCGAAGAGGAUACCAGGCGGUCCCAGACGCCAAUGCGCGCGGGGUUUAACUUCGAGCAGAGAGGACGAGGAAGAGGGAAUGCGGAGAGCACUCCAUUUAGCAAUGGCAUGUCGCUCGAGGAGCCUAGCUUUAGGCCCAAGUCGCAGCACCCCAGGAUCAGUGGGCUGCCUCUCAACACUAGCACUGGCCAUACCUUUCCGAUAGACGAUAGCUGGGAUACCAAGUCGGCUGGUAGUACCACAUACGGUGCUCCCCGCGCCCACUCCCCGGAAAACUUCUGGACUCGGGAUGGCUCACGCGAACGAGGUAGGACACCGUCUCCUGGGCCAGGACCGACUAUCGACAAUAGGCUUCACGUUGCACCUCGUUCACCGCAGUCAUCCGGCGAGUCACCCACACGGUUCUACGUCAAUCAUCAGCAACAGCGGAAUAACAACUCUGGACACCAGCAUAAUCACCUUGCACCGCCUUCGCUACCGCGGGCAUACAGUAACCCCACCGGAAUGAGCAAUGGCUCAACACAAGAGAGCUCUGACGAUGACGGAUCUAGCGCCCGAUCAACGUUCUCGAUGCCUCGCAAACUAUCGUCCAGCAGCGGUAUAUCGAUGCCCUAUUCCCCUCAACCGUCACAGCCAAACAGAGCCUGUCAGCGAUCCCCGUCACCGAACUCGGAAGCAGGAACAGGAGGAAGUAUGACGCCCAACCUGACGAAACCAUCAUUUAAUUUCUCACGGCCGAUGAGUCGAUCGAAUACCUCUCUGUCCAUGAACGAUUCCACUACAAGUUCUCCCGUUACGGGUACUAUUGGUUCCUUCCUUAAUAGAGGAAACAAGCCAGCGCCCAUCACAGUUCCUGCGCCUCUAGCCACACCGUCUCCGUCUGCGGACGAAGCUACCGAACCUCCCCUCUCGGCUGGGCAGUCGUACAUAUAUGCAAAGUUCUCCCUUCCCCGUGGCCGGCUGAUCUCACGAGACUCCAAAACAUUCAACGGCGGCGAACCGCAGGGCAACUUCGAGCCACCGCAGUUUGAGAGAUCGAUCACCGACCCUGGGCCAGGUUACAAAACUCCUCAGGUCCCAGCCGCAGCGUCGCUGCCGAAGAGCGUCAAAGCUGUGCGGCCAUUACUCGAGCGAGAACAGUCCAGCGCCAGUAUAGCCUCUGCGAAAGCUGACGCCAAGUCUACGUCUACACAAAGCCAGAGCACCAUCCGCCCGCCGCCAGAGGAGAAGGGAAAGGAGAAAGAGAAAGAAAAGGACCAGGAAAACGAACCGACAACGGCAGAAGAGCAUGUAACUAGGGGGAUCGAAUGCCAUGAGUCCGGCUCCUUGAAGGAAUCAACCUACCACCUCCGCCUGGCUGCCAUGCAGAACCACCCAACUGGCAUGCUCCUGUACGCCCUAGCCUGCCGCCACGGCUGGGGCCGCCGCGCCGACCAGACGGAGGGCGUCCAGUGGUUACGCAAAGCCGUCGACACGGCCGGCCUAGACCUAGCGAGCAGCAACCCCCCGAGCCCGGAGACAUGCGACGCCGCACUACAGAAGCUGCUGUCCUCCAACGGAAGCGGCAAGAUGAGCGUGACUGAGCAAAAGGCGCGACAGGCCCAGCUUGCGCUGUCCAUCUACGAGCUUGGUGUGAGCAACCUGAACGGAUGGGGGGUGGGACAAGACAAGGCUCUUGCGCUGAGAUGUUUUGAGAUCGCAGGCCGGUGGGGGGACGUCGACGCGAUGGCCGAAGCUGGGUACUGCUAUGCUGAAGGGGUUGGGUGCAAGAAGGACCUGAAGAAGGCGGCAAAGUACUACCGUAUGGCUGAGAAGGGGGGGAUGAGCAUGGUAGGAAGCAGCUGGAUCUACAAGGACAAGUACAUGGACGACGACGCCGGGUCGAAGAAGAAAGGAGGCAGCGUCAAGUCGACGAGCUCCAAGUCUCGCACCCGCAGCCGCAGCAUCUUUGGCCGGAAGAAGCCUUCCGACGACUGA